CAUUCGUGUUUUUCGCAUCGACUGGUUGUGUUUAGAGUCUAUCACAGUGCAUCGCUAAAUAUUAUAUUUUAAUUUCAUAAUAUUACAAACAAAAUUGCAAAUAAAUUAAACUCAAAUAUGGUUGAUAAAAUUGAAAUGAGUUUGGAUGAAAUUAUUAAAGCUAACCGAACUAAUAAGACGACCAGGUCAAGAGGAGCAGGUGGAGCUCGUCGUGGUUUUGGGAAUCGUACAAACGCAACUGGGAAUAGGAAGACUGCUGUAAAAAAAUCUGGUGUUGUACUAAAGGGACGUGGCCGUGGUGGUGGCAUUCAAAAGUCUAAAUUCGCAAGGGGUGAUGUAAACAGUGCAUGGAAACAUGAUAUGUUCGAUGGACCUAAACGUGGAGGUGCCUUAAGAGGAUCUGAUUCAUCUAAACUGCUUGUUUCUAAUCUAGAUUUUGGCGUGUCGGACACAGAUAUACACGAGCUCUUUGCCGAGUUUGGACCUUUAAAGAAAGCAGCAGUGCAUUAUGAUCGUUCUGGCCGGUCUUUAGGAACCGCUGAUGUUAUUUUUGAAAGGCUUUCAGAUGCUUAUAAAGCAAUUAAACAAUACAAUGGAGUACCUUUAGAUGGAAGGCCUAUGAACAUACAAUUAGCUACGUCAGAUGUUCCGGUAUUAACACGCGGUCGUCUUGGCAAUGGCGUAACUGCCGUAAGAAGACGUCAAGCAUCUGCUCCAAAACAAGGAGCUGCAAAUUCUCGUCGAGGAACAGCAUUUAAUAGAAGGCGUGGUGGUGGUGGAGGGCCUGCUGCUAGUGGCGGAAGACGUGGAAAAGGCGUAGCUCCAACAGCUGAAGAACUAGAUGCAGAAUUAGACGCUUACGUUAAUGAUAUAAAAAUAUAAAUAAAUUGCUGCCAAAACACGAAUAAAGCAGCAAUUAUUGUUUAAGGGAUAACUUUAAACCAUAAAAGCUUAUGUCAUUUUUAAAUUAUAUUUAUGUGUUAAAUAUAUAAUUAUGCCUAAUCAAAAUCAAUGUUUUUGCAUAUAUUAAGCAAAUUAAAAAAAAAAAAAGCAACUUAUUAAACGAAAUUAUGUCUAAUACUAGAAACACUGAUAUUUUUUUUAAGGAUUAAAUUAAGCCAUUCAAAACAUUUGUGUUUAAAUUUAAGUAGCAAUCCAAGCAUUAAAUAAAGUGACAUAAAUUUUGAUUUAUAAAAUUUAAUUAAUUCUCAUAUAAAGAAAUAAAUUAUAUACUAAUUUUUCUAUUGGUAUAUG